CACAUUUUCAUUUAUCACGUGUUUUCUAAUGGUUUAUCUCUGACGACAUUUGAUAAAAAUUAUUUCAAAAGAUCAUCGAGAGGACACGAAAGUGUAUUUCAUUUUAAUCCGUCAAUGUCAAACAAGUUAACCGCCUAUUGCUAGAUCUCACUGGAGUACUGUUCAUUUGUUAGUUACCUCACUAACAGUAAAAAUGCCAGGCCAAAGUCAACCUGAUAAUAAAACUCUUCAAGACAUUGCUAACAGAUUAAGAAUUUAUAGUGUUCAAUCCACAAACGCCUGCAAAUCAGGUCACCCUACAUCAUGUUCGUCGAUGGCAGAGAUUAUGUCUGUUUUAUUUUUUCAUACGAUGCGUUACAAAGUUUCGGCACCAAGAGAUCCAUCAAGCGAUAGAUUUGUACUUUCAAAAGGUCAUGCUGCUCCGAUAUUGUACGCAGCUUGGGCCGAGGCAGGUCUAUUCCCAAUAAGUGAUCUUCAGAAUUUGAGAAAAUUUGAUUCCGAUUUAGAAGGUCACCCUACACCAAGACUAAACUUUGUUGAUGUUGGUACAGGUUCUUUGGGUCAAGGUUUAUCAAUAGCCGCUGGUAUGGCGUUCGUAGGAAAAAAAUACGACAAAGCCAGCUACAGGGUGUAUUGUUUAAUUGGUGACGGCGAAAGCGCAGAAGGUUCAAUAUGGGAAGCGAUAAAUUUUUCCAGCUAUUACAAAUUGGAUAAUCUGUGCCUUAUUAUUGACGUUAACCGUCUAGGUCAGUCUGAACCAGCUCCAUUGGCUCAUCAGCUGGAUGUUUACCAAAAGCGUCUUGAAGCUUUUGGUUGGAAUGCUAUAAUUGUUGAUGGACACAGUAUUGAAGAACUUGUUAAAGGAUUUCACGUAGCUGCUACAACUAAAGAUAAGCCUACUGCCUUGGUUGCUAAAACAUUUAAGGGGAAAAACUUCCCUAACAUUGAAGAUUUGGAGAACUGGCAUGGAAAACCACUUGGUGAUAAAGCCGACGCUGUCGUUCAGCACUUAAAAACUUUAAUUAAAAACCAAGGACCUUUAUCGAUCCAUCCUCAGAAGCCCUUAAAAGAUGAUGCCCCUCAAGUGAACAUAUCUAACAUUAAAUUGUCUUCACCUCCUAACUACAAAUUAGGCGAAUCUAUUGCAACAAGACAAGCUUAUGGCAAUGCAAUAGCAAAAGUAGCUGAAAAUAAUCCAAGAGUAAUUGCUCUUGAUGGUGACAUGAAAAAUUCUACCUUUUCUGAAAAAAUUAAGAAAGUUGAUCCAAAUAGAUUUGUUGAAUGUUUUAUUGCCGAACAAAAUCUUGUUGGAGUUGCUAUCGGCGCCGCUUGCAGGGAUCGUACCGUUGCUUUUGUUUCUACAUUUGCUACAUUCUUAACAAGAGCAUUUGAUCAAAUUCGUAUGGGUGCAAUUUCUCAAACUAAUGUUAACUUUGUGGGUUCCCAUUGUGGUAUAAGUAUUGGAGAGGAUGGGCCAAGUCAGAUGGGAUUGGAAGAUCUUGCUCUUUUUAGAGCUGUACCUGGCAGUACCAUUUUCUAUCCUGCCGAUGCAGUUAGUGUUGAAAGGGCUGUUGAAAUUGCUGCUAAUACAAAAGGAAUCUGUUUUAUAAGAACUAAUCGUCCACCCACUAACGUUAUUUAUGCUAACGACCAAGUUUUUGAGAUUGGUAAAGGGCACAUCUUGAAAAAGAGUAAUAACGAUAAAGUGUUAGUAAUUGGAGCAGGAGUAACCUUGCAGGAAGCUUUAAUAGCAGCAAAUGACUUGGCAAAGAAUGGUGUUAAUGUAAGAGUUUUUGAUCCAUUUACAAUCAAGCCAAUAGAUAAAGAUGCUAUUAUUAAGCAUGGAAGGGAAGUUGGAGGAAGAAUUAUUACUGUUGAAGAUCAUUACUCAGAAGGUGGUAUAGGUGACGCUGUUCUUUCUGCAGUUGCAGAAGAAAGAGAUUUCGUUGUGAAAAAAUUGGCAGUUACCGAAGUGCCCAGGUCUGGACCUACUGCUGUACUUUUGGACACGUAUGGAAUUUCUUCGAAACAUGUAGUAAAAGCAGUUCAAGAAAUUUUGAAACUCUAAAGCUGUCAAUUCUUUUUUUUUUGUUGUUGAAAUUACUUUUUCACAUUCCAAUGCCUUGUUAAAAAAAUUUUAAAGCAAUUUU